UCAGCAUCCAGCCAUGGGGGACAUGAAAACCCCAGAUUUUGAUGACCUUCUGGCUGCCUUUGACAUCCCAGACCCCACCAGCCUUGAUGCCAAGGAAGCCAUCCAGACCCCUAGCGAAGAGAAUGAGAGUCCUCUCAAACCUUCAGGCGUAUGUCUGGACGAGAGUGUGUCCUUGUCUCACUCAGGAUCGGCCCCAGAUGUGCCGGCUGUGAGUGUCAUUGUCAAGAACACCAGCCGCCAGGAGUCGUUUGAAGCCGAGAAAGACCACGUCACUCCCAGCCUCCUCCACAAUGGGUUCCGGGGCCCAGAGCUGCCCCCAGAUCCACACAACCUGGGACACAACUGUGGGAAGUUCGAGUCCACGUUCAUGAACGGAGACAGUGCCAGGACUCUUCCUGGGAAGCUGGAGCCAUCCAAGUCCGAGCCAUUACCAACCUUUACCCAGUUUAGUCCAAUCUCCAGCCCUGAACCUGAGGAUGCCAUAAAAGACAACGGGUUUGGGAUGAAGCCCAAGCACUCGGACAGUUAUUUCCCACCCCCUCCUGGGUGUGGGUCACUGGGUGGCCCAGCCCUGGAUGCUCUGGGUAAAUUUCCAGUUCCGGAGCUGCAUAUGUUUGAUCACUUUUGUAAGAAAGAACCGAAGCCAGAACCCCUGCCUUCGGGGGGCCAGCAGGAGCACGAGCAGAGUGGGCUGAAGGCAGUGGAGUCUCACAAGGAGCUGGACGCCACUCGAUUCUUUGGAGAUGCUUUGGACUUCAACAACCACCCGAGCACCAACAGUAUUGGAGAGGCCAGAGGGCUGGGCCCUGAACUCGGCACCUGCUCUUCCGUUCCCCCUAGGCAGCGUCUGAAGCCGGUUCACUCCAAACUCUCCUCUUGUGUGGCAGCCCUGGUGGCCCUGCAGGCCAAACGAGUGGCCAGUGUCCCCAAGGAGGAUCAGUCUGGUCACCCAAAGGACCCCUCAGGGCCCAUUAAAGAGGGUUCUAAAGGCAGCCCCAAAAUGCCCAAGUCACCAAAGAGUCCCCGGAGCCCUCUGGAGGCCACUAGGAAAAUUAUCAAGCCAUCGGACAGCCCCCGGAGCCUCUGCAGUGAUAGCAGCAGCAAAGGCUCCCCUUCUGUGGUUGCCAGCUCCCCACCAGCAAUUCCCAAAGUCAGAAUCAAAACCAUUAAGACGUCAUCAGGGGAAAUCAAACGGACCGUCACAAGGAUUCUGCCAGACCCUGAUGAUCCAAAUAAGUCCCCUGUUGGAUCGCCUCUAGGGAGUGCCGGUGCCGAGGGCCCAAGCGAGGUUACAGGGGACGAGGGUAUUGCCCUGCCUACAGAGGAGCACUUUUCUGAGGUGGACAUUAAUUCAGGGAGCCCCCAGGGGGACAGGAAAGGGGAGGAGAGCAAGGCUAGUGAGUCUUCAUCUCCCUGCUGCAGCUCUGGACCCCGGACCCCAAGGGGGGCUAGCCCAGGCUCACAGAUGGGCAAGAAGCAGCAGCAGCAGAGCUCAGCCUCCAGCCUGACCCCUGCCAACCUCCUGCCCAAAGCCGUCCACCUGGCCAACCUGAACCUGGUCCCCCACAGUGUUGCUGCGUCAGUGACAGCCAAGUCCUCAGCGCAGAGGCGGAGCCAGCCACAGCUCACGCAGAUGUCGGUGCCCCUCGUCCACCAGGUGAAGAAGGCUGCCCCGCUGAUUGUGGAGGUCUUCAACAAGGUCCUCCACAGCGCCAACCCUGUGCCCCUUUAUGCACCAAACCUCAGCCCCCCUGUGGACAGCAGGAUCCACGUGCCGGCCAGUGGCUACUGCUGCCUGGAGUGUGGAGAUGCAUUUGCCUUAGAGAAGAGCCUGAGCCAGCACUAUGGCCGGCGGAGCGUCCACAUUGAGGUGCUGUGUACGCUGUGCUCCAAGACGCUGCUCUUCUUCAACAAGUGCAGCCUGCUCCGGCACGCCCGCGACCACAAGAGCAAGGGGCUCGUCAUGCAGUGCUCCCAGCUGCUCGUGAAGCCCAUCUCUGCAGACAAAAUGUUUGUGCCAGCCCCCGCCAACUCCACGGCACCAGCUACCCCAGCCCCUGCGGCCUCCCCGAAACCUGACCUCACUUCGGCCAGCUCCAGCCCACCUCCACCCGCCUUACCACUCUACCCAGACCCUGUGAGACUCAUCCGGUACGGACUCAAGUGCUUAGAAUGUCACAAGCAGUUACAGGACUACAUCGCCCUGGCUGCACAUUUCCAGAGAGUGACCGAGGAGACGGAGGGGCUGACUUGCCAGGUGUGCCAGAUGCUGUUGCCCAACCAGUGCAGUUUCUGUGCCCACCAGCGAAUCCACGCCUACAAGUCCCCCUACUGCUGCCCGGAGUGUGGGGCCCUCUGUCGCUCUGCCUAUUUCCAGACCCACGUCAAGGAGAAUUGUCUGCACUAUGCCCGCAAGGUGGGCUACAGGUGCAUCCAUUGUGGUGUGGUCCACCUGACCUUGGCCUUACUGAAAAGCCACAUCCAGGAGCGGCACUGCCAGGUUUUCCACAAGUGUGCUUUCUGCCCCAUGGCCUUCAAAACUGCCAGCAGCACUGCCGAACACAGCGCCUCCCAGCAUCCCGCUCAGCCCCACAAACCCUCCCAGCUCAUUUAUAAGUGCUCCUGUGGAAUGGUCUUCAACAAGAAGAGGCACAUCCAGCAGCAUUUUUACCAGAAUGCCAGCAAGGCCCAGGUGGGCGUCUUCAAGUGCCCCGAGUGCCCACUCCUGUUCCCACAGAAGCCAGAGCUGAUGCACCACGUCCAGAGCACCCAUGGUGUUCCCCGAAAUGUGGAUGAGCUAUCCAGCCUCCAGUCUUCAGUGGACACGUCCUCAAGUCGCCCCAGCUCUCGAGUCAACGCAGAGCCCCCAGCGACUAGUGUGGCCACUCGUGGCAGCUCCCUGCCGUCUAGUCGCUGGGGCAAGCCGGAAGCCCACCGCAGGGGGGAUGCCAGGUCCCGGCUGAGGAACACUGGCUGGACCUGCCACGAGUGCCAGGAGUGGGUUCCUGAUCGGGAGAGCUACGUGUCCCACAUGAAGAAGAGCCAUGGUCGGGUGUUGAAGCGGUACCCGUGUCGGCAGUGUGAGCAGUCCUUUCACACCCCCAGUCGUCUGCGCAAGCACAUCCGUAACAACCACGACACAGUGAAGCAGGUGUACACGUGUGGGUAUUGUACAGAGGACAGCCGCAGCUUUCCUCGGCCCUCCCUCCUGGAGAACCACAUCAGCCUUAUGCAUGGUAUCAGAAACCCCGAUGUGAGCCAGACAUCCAAAGUCAGACCUCCGGGUGGGCCUAUCCCUCAGGUGAACCAUCUGAAAAGACCAUUCAGCGAAGCAGGGGACGCUCCAGGCACCACCAAUGGCACGACUGUCCCUUCCUCCAAAAGACACAAGUCCCUUUUUCAGUGUGCAAAAUGUAGCUUUGCAACAGACUCAGGGCUCGAGUUCAAGAGGCACAUACCUCAGCACCAGACAGACAGCUCCACAGCCCAGUGUCUCCUCUGUGGCUUGUGCUACACCUCUGCCAGCUCCCUCAGCCGCCACCUCUUCAUCGUCCACAAAAUGAGAGAGCAGGAGGAGGAGGAGGAGGCGGUGGCAGAGCCAGCAGUGGAGGCAGCAGAGCCAGAGGAGGGCUCUGGGGAGGAGGAGACCAGGGAGAAUGGACUGGAAGAAUGUGCUGGCAGACCUUUGUCAGCCCACCUAGAGGCAAGGAGCUCACUGGGCCUGGUCCCUGAGGAAGAUGGUGCCCAAGAUGCUCCAAGUCAACUACAGGCCUCUCGGGACCAGGACAGCCAUGCACCAUCGCCUUCAGUGUGACCGGAGGCUUUGCAGUAUGCGAGGUUGGGGUGCUGUUGUGUGGACAGUGU